GCAUGCAUCCCAGCUCGUUGCUACUGAUCCUAACAAUCUUACCAAUCUUGUCCACGUUGCAUCCACCGGCAGCCGCCGCCAAUGGCACGGCCCAAGACGCAGGCUGCCCGCCGGUGACAUGCGGGAACCUCACCUUGGCGUACCCGUUCUGGCUGGCCGGCCAGGACAGGUUCUCCUGCGGCCCGCCGGCGUUCCAGCUCACCUGCAACGACUCGGCGGCCGGCGCUUUCGUGGGCACCUCCUACAUGAAGGUCCUUGACAUCGACUACGGCAACCGCUCCCUUGUCGUCGUCCACGUCCUCGUGGCCGCCGAUGUCGCGUGCAACAUCUUGUUCAACGUGUCCUCGGCCUUCGCCAUCACCGACAGGUUCAGCAUCAGCCGCAGGAACAGGGAGCUCUACGUGCUGUACAGCUGCAAGGAGAGGCGUCCGCCGCCUGGUGCUGCCCCGGUGACCAACUGCAGCCCCAACACCAGAGGCAUGUACGUGUACCUCGGGGGAAACUACGGCAUGGGCCAGCCCCCGGCGAAUGAAGGGAGCUGCGAGACCGCCAUAUUUCCGGUGCUCGGGGCGGAGCCGGCAGGCAUGACGGCGGCCAAUUAUAGACAGCUCAUAAAGGGCGGGUUCCUACUGGAGUGGGAGCCCGUCGGCGAUUGCAAUGCCUGCAAGGCGAGCGGUGGGCGGUGCCGCUACGAUGCCAACACAUCAGCGUUCACGUGCCUUUGCUCAGACGGUAGCAUGCACCAGUCGACUUGUGUUUCGCUGUCUGCUGCGUCUAUCUUGGUUUUCGCCUGUCUUGCAUGUCUGAUGUACCGGCAGAGGAAAAAUAUCAGAUCAGCAAUCUUCAGAAUUUACUCUAGCAAUACAUCAAAUAUCGACGAAAUGCUAAGAAAAUGCGAAUCUCUUGCCCUGAAGAGGUACAAGUACUCACAGCUGAAGAAAAUAACAAGAUCAUUCAAGGAUGAGCUGGGAGAAGGUGGAUAUGGUGUGGUACACAAGGGAAGCCUGCAAGAUGGUAGAAUGGUUGCAGUGAAGCUACUGAAAGGAUCAAAAGGCAAUGGAGAAGAUUUUCUGAAUGAAGUUAUGAGCAUCGGCCGGACUUCUCAUGUUAAUAUUGUCAGUCUGCUCGGUUUUUGUUUAGAUGGAUCUCACCGAGCACUUAUAUACGAGUACAUGUCCAAUGGUUCUUUGCAGAAGCACAUUUAUUCAGAGAGUUCCAAACAAGCCAUCGGAUGGGGGGUGUUCCUAAAGAUUGCGAUCGGUAUCGCACGAGGGUUGGAGUAUCUACACCAGGGUUGCAACACCUGCAUCAUCCAUUUCGAUAUCAAGCCUAACAACAUCCUCCUAGAUGAUGAGUUAUGUCCCAAAAUUGCAGACUUUGGUAUGGCAAAGCUAUGCCACCUCAAGGAGAGCGUCCUUUCAAUGGCCGAAGCGAGAGGGACGGUUGGUUUCAUCGCACCAGAAGUGUUCUCUAGAGGCUUUGGACUCGUCUCCACAAAGUCUGAUGUUUACAGCUAUGGGAUGAUGCUCCUAGAAAUGGUCCAAGGGAAGAAGGAUGAGAAAGGAAAGGCAGACAGCUCUAGUGAAACAUUUUUUCCACAUUGGGUUUGGGAUAAUUUGGCGAGUGAGUUGCAUGGAUCCAAAGCCAAAUAUAGAACUGAAGAAAUCGUAAGAAGGAUGACCUUGGUUGGAUUGUGGUGCAUACAGAUGAACCCUGAAAGCCGCCCAUCCAUGAGCAGGGUUAUAGAGAUGUUGGAGAGGAGCAUGGGUGAACUGGAGAUGCCGCCGCGGCCGUUCCUCUUCUCUCCGGUGCACUCGACAACAGCUUCAUCCUAUGCAUCUGUCCAAGUCAUGAUGUCUUCACCAUGAUGUGCAUUAGGCUCUGGUGGGUGCUGAAACAAUAUUUGACAAAACCAUUAGCAGCAGUGUACAUGUAAUUCUUG